AUUCAUUAUAAUAAUGAGGUCCAGAUCUCAUCUAUAAUUCAUGCAUGCCUUAAUUCACAUUAAAGUUGUUGUAGUAAAUACUACAUACACAUCAAUAUCACAAAACCAAAAAACUUGAUUCUUUAGAAUUUCAUUUCCCUAGAAAAAACAAACAGGGGAAUUAACAGAGGAAUGAAAUGAGGGGGGAUUCAAACCCAUUGAAACCCCUCUCUUUUUACAAACAAACUUCUUUUUUUGUUAAACUUCUUCUUCUUUUUCUCUUAUUGGGUUUAACAAUUCGCUUCUUUCCUUUUCAUUCCAUUGAUUAUUCAUCAACAAUUUUAGAAACUCAGUCUUAUCCUCCUGCAUUUAUUUCCCCAGAAACUGACCUCUUUUCUUCUGAUAAAGGUUAUCUUUUAUCCAAUUCAACCAAAUUGUUUCGAGACGAAGCAAAACCAAAAUGUGAUUUGUUUAGUGGUGAAUGGGUUCCAUAUCCAUCUGGCUCAGUUUACAAUAACAAUAGCUGCCCUUUCAUUGAGCAACCUCAGAAUUGUAUGAGUAAUGGUCGUCCGGAUUCCGAUUACCUCUAUUGGAGGUGGAAUCCCUUGGAUUGCAAGUUGGCCAAGUUCGAUCCGGAGAGGUUUCUUGAUUCUAUGAGAAACAAGUCGUGGGGAUUCAUCGGCGAUUCGAUUUCUCGCAAUCAUGUGCAAUCAUUUCUUUGUAUCUUAUCACAGGUGGAGCAAGCAAAGGAGAUUUAUCAUGAUGAGCAAUAUAAGUCUAGGAAAUGGGUUUUUCCCUCGUACAAUUUUACAAUCGCGGUAAUUUGGUCCCCAUUUCUCAUCAAAGCCGAGAUAUUUGAAGACAACGAUGGAUUCUCAACUGCCGAAACCCGACUUCAUCUCGACAAGUUGGACGAGAAAUGGACGAGCCAAUACAAUGACUUUGAUUAUGUGAUAAUCGCUGGUGGAAAAUGGUUUCUUAAAACUGCAAUCUACUAUGAGAAUAACAUGGUCCAGGGAUGCCAUUACUGCCACGGGAAGAACUUGACUGAAAUCGGGUUUGAUCAUGCAUAUCGCAAGGCACUCGAGUUGGUUUUCGACUUCGUGAUGAGUUCGAGUCAUAGAGCACAAGUUGUAUUUAGAACAAUCACCCCAGAUCACUUUGAGAAUGGCGAAUGGCAUAAUGGGGGAACUUGCAAUAGACGAGUGCCUUUUAAAGACGGUCAGGUGAACAUAACUGAUAUAGACAGGGUACUUUAUGAGGUAGAAUUGCAGGAAUUUGAUAGGGCAGUUGGAGUUGUGCAGGAGAAAAAGAUUUCAUUGAAGCUUCUCGACACGACUCGACUCUCACUAUUGAGGCCGGAUGGACAUCCCGGCCCAUACAGACAGUCGCAUCCUUUUGCAAAGGAUAAAAAUGCUAAGGUUCAAUACGAUUGCUUGCAUUGGUGUUUGCCCGGGCCAAUUGACUCCUGGAAUGAUUUGGUCAUGGAGAUUUUGAUGAAUGGUUAAAUGAUAGGAUUGGAAGAGCAAUUAACACCUUGAAGGGUAUGCUGCUAAUGAGCCUAGUGUUCGAGUUAAUCGAUUUGGCAGAAAGUUUUUCUUUUGCGCAAAAUUUUGAAUUAUGAUUCACUUGUAAUGUACCCAAAAAAAAGAGAAAUGUUUUAAAUGUACAAAUUUCUUUGAUUGAGAA